UGUUAAGAGCCUUUACAAAAUGGCCAAGAAUAAGUCGACGGUGUACCUGGGAUACGAAGAUGAGGAGAUUACCAUUAAACAGGAGCAAUUACUGAAUAGCAGCACCAACAAAAUAGGUGGCCUGCCCGACUGGCCCAGGCAUGAGGUUACGGUGCCCGCCUGCCCGCUGUGCGGUACGGUGCGUCCGUUGAUAGUGCAAAUGUACGCGCCGUUGGAUCGAUCUCAGUUUCAUCGUAAUCUCUAUGUGUUCGGGUGUGUGAGCCCCGCCUGUUCGCAAAACCCCAAGAGCUGGGUGUGUGUCCGCACCCAGCACUUGGACAAUCAGUUUGAUGUGAUUUCUGAGCAAUCGGCCAAGACAACGGCAGCGCCUGCCAAGUAUAAGAAGAAGGCCAAAUCCAGUGGACCAGUGAACUGGUGCAGUGGAGCCGAUGAUUGGGGCGACACUGAAGGCAGCAGCGGUGGCAACGGGCACAACGAUGUCUCGGAGAGCAUGGACGAGGCUAUGGAUAUGACAGCCGACGACGAGCAGAAUGAGCGGAAUGGGAAUGUAAGGCUGAAUGCAUUGCAGUACGCCAAGGGAGGAAUGGAUAUGGAGGAAUGUGUGAAGCAGGAACAAGUCAAGAUUGGUGACGAUGAAGACGACGAAGACGAGAGCACAUCUGUGGAAAAUGAGUUGGUUUGUGGCUUCAAUCAAAUCGACAUGAACUCGCCCCAGAAUGCAGAUGAGGAUCCAAAUGCAAACUGUGCAGCAGCGGCAGCUCCCAGUGUGGUGGACGUUGCUGGCGCUGGUGCAACGGCAACGAUUUGUGCCGAAAUUGAAGGUCCCGAAAAUGAUGUCGUCCUCGUUGAUACACCAAAGAAGCCGGAACGAGACUUGAUCGCUUUGCUUAAGCACACCUCAAUACCGGCCACCCUGGGACCCCUCUCCCAGAUCAAGGAUCUCACCCUUAAGUCCUACUUCAUUGCCGUGGAUGUUGAGAGCAAGGUCAAGGUGGAGGAGUUUGACAACUACGGCGGCACCUUAUCCAUGGAUCACAUUCGUGACCUUUAUCAGGAGUAUAAGCUGAGGGAUGACGACCCUGCACAUUCCCCAAUGGCUGGUGGUGGUGGUGCCUCAUCGUCCGGCGAGCCGUGUGAUGAUCACGAGUCUUAUGAGAAAGCAUUGCCCGCCCAUGGCGAUAUUAUAUUUCACAAUUUUAUAACAACCAUUCAGCAAAAUCCGGGCCAAGUACUGAGGUAUUCCCGAGAUGCGCUGCCAUUGCUGGUGGCACCGCUUAACGAUCCUCUGCCCAAGUGUCAGAACUGCAAGGGCGAAACCAUUUGUGAGGUGCAGCUGCUACCCACGCUGAUUCCCAAGCUACGAUUCCAGCACAAUGGCUGCAAUGUACCCAUUGAGUACGGCAACGUGCUGGUCUUCACUUGCCUCAAGAGUUGCUGGGAUACACCCGACCUGAUGCGGUACGAGCAAAUAGUUGUGCAGUCCGAAUCUUAGAUUGCCACCCACUCACGCUGUAGCUGCUAGUCGCAGAGAAAGGAACAUUUUAAACGCAAACUGCAUUCACGUAAUAGAAGAGGGGGGAAAGCUAAGCUUCUCAAUUGUCCUAGGAAGAUUUUAUGCUCUAGUCGUUAAGAACGUUGUACGCUUUUAGACAUGCCGAUGAAAGAUAGUUGCUAAAGAUAUCUCGUUAUUUCCACUCCA